AUGAAAGUUUGUUCUUUCCUAGAGAAUAGGCUAUUUAUACUUGCAGCACAUUCGCUAGGAUUUUUUUUGUCUCUAAAUUAUAUAUUAUGUAUAGCAGGUGUGAUAACGGGUUAUCCGUUCGAUACUGUCAAAGUACGCCAGCAAAUUGAAGGUCAAAGUAUUCCUCGGUGCUGCGUAUCAAUUGUUCGAAAUGAAGGGUAUAUGGGAUUUUUCAAAGGAAUGUCAAGUCCGCUGAUGAGUAUUACAGCAAUCAAUGCCAUAGCAUUUGGUGUUUACGAAAACACUUUGAAGUUUUUUAAUCAUGAACAUAGUUUGCUGGCAUCAUUUUUUGCUGGUAAUGUAGCUGGUGCUGCACAGUGUGGCAUUUGUAUUCCAUCAGAAUUAGUAAAGACAAGAAUGCAACUACAGAAAAAUGGAAUGUAUACCUCAUCUUGGGAUUGUGCUAAAAAAAUGAUCCGAAGAGGAGGUCUUUUAUCAGUGUACAAGGGAACGUGGAUAACGAUUGCUCGAGAUUGCUCUGGAUAUGGUACUUGGUAUGUAACAUAUGAAUUUUGUACGCGUAAAUUGAGCAAAGAUGGCACCCCUUCUUCGUUGCCCUCAUGGCAACUUCUUAUUGCUGGAGGCUUGGCUGGUGUAACGUCUUGGCUAGUCAAUUAUCCAUUAGAUGUGAUUAAAACACGAUUUCAAGCUGAUGAUAACAUUCAUUCAUACAGAAAGGUUUGCCAUGCUAUUAUGAAAACGUGUGGAAUUCGCGGUUUCUUUGCUGGCAUUUCUGCAACUAUCAUAAGAGCUUUUCCAUCAAAUGCUUUCACAUUUCUCGGUAUGGAAUGGUCGUACCGUCUGGCGCGUAUGAUGAUAGAUUGGCAUAAGUCACAGAUAAGUAACGAGUGA